GCGGGCGCUCAGUCUGUUCCCGCGCGCGGCAAAGGCGGUACGCGCCACGAGUGUACGGGAUGCCAACAGUUACUUGAGAUUAAACCAAUGGAACCAAUGCAUGAGAGUCGAUUUUGACUAAACCAAAAGAUGAGGCCUCUAUGUCGUCGCAAACGGUUCAAGUGUUGAAGGAAAUGGUAAUAAAAAGCCUAUAAGAUGAUGAUCCACCGGUCAGCGUCGUCGCGGCGUCGCCGGGCGUCGCGGAGUGCGGCGUCGUCACCCCACAGGAGUCAGACGCUGAGGAGGCCCAGCGUGGCCGUGGGGGCGACCACUCCCACAGGGUCUGCGCCCAGCCUGGAGGCGGCGCCGCGGGCACGACGAGCCAGCAUUGCCAGCGUCACCCCCUCCGAAGAGCUAGCGGUGGCAGGGGUCAGGGGAGUCACGGUGACCGCUGCCGAGGAAGACACCAGCGACUACGGCCACGACAGUGACGACAACCUCAACGAUGCCAACCUGAUGCCGGACAACUACAACCGUAGCCCGAGGUCGAGUCUAGUGCCCGAGGGAAACAGCAGAAGUCGCAACAGUCUCGUGCCAGAGUCCGGCCAGUUCAACCGCAGCAGAAACAACCUUGCGGUCGACAACUUUAACCGCUCACCCAGAAACAGCUUAGUUCCGGACACGGGGCGGAGUCCUAGAAACAGUUUGGUCCCCGAUUACAGCAGAAGCCCGCGAGGGAGUUUGCUGCCCGAUGUGGAACAGUUCAGCCGGAGUGCGCGAAACAGUAUGGUGCCGGAAGAGUACGGUAGAAACUCCAGAAACAAUUUGGUUCCAGACAGUGCGUACUCGAGGAGUGCGAGGAAUAGUCUAGUGCCGGAUGUGAGUCCUAGUAGGUCGCAGAGGAACAGUUUGGUACCUGACCCUACGAGGAGUCCUAGAGGUAGUUUGGUUCCGGAACCCAACACCUCUAGGAGUCCCAGGGGAAGUAUAGUUGGGGACCUCGCCUGUCGUAGCCCAAGAGGGAGCAUCGGUCCCGACCUGGGAGUUUCGAGGAGUCCGAGAGGCAGCAUAGCCUCGGAGGCGUCCUUCAACCGAAGCCCUAGGAAUAGCCUUCCUCUCCAGGACGGUCUGUCCUUAGGCAGAAGUCCAAGAGGAAGCCUGUCAUCAACAGGAGGCGGUCUCUUCGACUCCACCAGAAGUCCCAGAGGCAGUAUUGACAUGAAUGCUCCAGGCACAUCCAGAGCGGCAGGUUCCAACAGAAGUCCCUCCCCGUACCGCAUGGCUGCCAGAGGUGCCCAGGGGGCUCUCAACUCCACGGACGCCGGGGGAUCUCGCCGAGCGAGCAGCAGCGUGUCCCAGGUAUCAGCUGAUGACCGCAAACACCUUUGUGAACACACCAAGCUAACAGCUGACACAGGGCUGGGGCUGAGCGCCUACGGGUCUGUCGUCUACCAGCUCAACCACGCCAACAUGGAGUCUUCCGGUCUCUGCGACUUCGUCUGCCGCGCCCUCGGCAUAGUCUACCGCACAGUCGUCGUAACAGUUGUUCUUGUUUGCCUUACCGCUUUACCCAUCGUCAUGUUCAUAAUGGGUAUUCAAUUCGUCCGAGACUGUCCCAAAGAGCCGAACAUCCCUGUCUACAUGAUCGUCGGAGGCAGUUUCGGCACAAUCAAGAUCUUCUGGAUGCUUUGGUGCCAAGUCAAGUCCCGGAGGUACGAGCGACUCGACGGGCGCAACAGAUCUCGUCCUGCCGAAGACGGGUUGUCCACCUCCGCAGGAUCCAGGAUAACCAACUUCCUCCUCUCGUCCUUCCUCAUCGUCUGGUUCGUCCUGGGGAACCUGUGGAUCCUGGGCAUCUACUGGCCGCCCUUCGAGCCGACCCUGAGGGACCCCAAUCGCUGGUGUCACAAGACGCUGUAUGUCUUCUCUCUAGUUCACCUGGUCGUCGUCUACUCACUACUGGGCGUCGUCGUGCUCACGGUCAUAGUCAUGGUGGCUUGUCAAAUCUGCAUUUGUCCUUUAUUGAUCAGCUGCAAGUAAUACAUAUCUUCGGCAUUCUGUAGUUUAGGCGUUAGAAGUUUUGGUUGAGAUUUUUAAGGUUUUGU